ACCAGUUCUUGUGUUCUAUAGGGUUGUGUCACCAACAACCACCGUACCGAACAUUAUGCAAGCAUAUAAAAACUUUACCAUGAUCUGGUGUACACCCCAGUUGAACUUCGUUCGUCUUUGUUACAACCCCAUAUCACGACCCACCCACACUCCUUUAUCAUGUUCAACAAGUCCACUCUUUUGAUCAUCAUCGGUGCUGCCUUCGCAGUUGCUAUUCCCACCGGGUCCAUCCCCAAGGGUCCUAGUACCCUAGAUAACGUCCGCGUUCUCGACAACAGCGUCAGCAUCCCCGGCGUCUCUGACGUCAAAACACCAUCCACAAACUACGUUGGCAUGUCUGAUGUAGACACGGAGGUAUCCAAUCUUUCCCUCCAGCUUCCCCAAGUAGAGAAGGAGAAGGCGCCCACAGUCCCUAAGGACACUAGCAGCGCCCCUGUCCCUCUGGACGAGUCUCUUGCCACAGACGAACUCCCCAAGGUUGAUGCAUCCACUGUCCAAUUACCAUCGCUGCCGAGUCAGGGCAACGACAAGUCGGAGAAGACACCUGAUGCCUCCACACUCACGCCCCCCAGUGGUUCAGCAUCCAUUGCCUGGUAUGCUCGGACUCUGCCCAACAACACAACACCCCAAAACCCCGAUGCAUCUCGCAUGCAGUCUGCAGUCGGGGAAGUUAGCAAGGUAGUCAUGAUUAAAGGUAAUUUGCCGCGAGAACGUCACAUUCCAGGCGUUCACAUGCUUUCCUUGCCCUCCACACCCGAGCUCACUCAGUCUUCACCCCCCAAAGAAUCGAGUUCGCCUGCAACCAAUGCCGCCAAGGCUCAGAAGAGGGCCUCGUCUCCCAACGUCGAGCCAUCAUCGCUGGCGCGCCGCGCCGAGUCGUGUAACUCUGACUACACCUUGACCUACUGCGAGAUGGUCUUGCAGUCGGAUGACAGUCGCACUCCGAAGCUCCUCCAGUACCUAAGUGUGGACACCUCUGCCACUGGCCCAGUGGGCUUGUCCUGCUCGGAUACACAGACGACUGACCACGUCUACCCCCUUUGCAGCAAAACGAUGACGGAAGUGGCGGAUCUGGGGACUGUGGCCCUUGAUGCUGUUGAGGCCAUUUACAGCACCGUUUCCAGUGUCGUUACCGUUGCCUAAGCUGCACAUGUAUACUUUGUCCUUUGAUUUGAGCUUGAAGUCGACACAAGUGGAACCGUUUUUGGGCGUAGCAUAGUGUUUGAAUGUUUCUUACGAGUUAGUACAUAUUGGUUACACUGAUCUACUACGUCGAUUAUCGAUUAUAUACCCAUACUUAUGUAAUGUUUGCUCAUACAUGUAAUUCAAAUCUAUCAUCAGCUUCAUUACAACCGGC